UGACGUUACCGAUAAUACAGUCACAAGAACAUCUGCGGUGGUUUCUUUUUAGACUCGCGAUGCACGCGUACCAUUAAUGCGAUUGGAAAAGCGAGAAUGGAGAGUGAAUUAAGAAUUGUGGUGAAAUGGAGCGGAAAGGAAUACGACAUCCUCGAUAUUCAAGAGGAGGAUACGGUUCUUACUCUGAAAGAGCGUAUACACAGAGAAACAGGUGUUCGUCCGGAACGUCAGAAGCUGCUGAAUCUAAAGUUUAAAGGCAAGGCAGCGCAAGAUGGGGACAUAAUCAGCAAGUUAAAUUUGAAGCCCGGCUUCAAGCUGAUGUUGAUGGGCUCGCGCGAGGAGGAUAUCGCCGAGGUCAGUCAAGCACCCGAGAAUGUACCUGAUGUGAUUAACGAUCUAGACUUAGAGGAGGAGGAGGUAGAGAUCGAGAAGGCCGAGAUAAAUUUACGUAAGAUCCAGAUACGAAUUGAUCGCUAUGUGAUCACAGAGCUGAAUUCUUUGAGGGAAGGUAAGAAGCUCCUCGUGCUGGACAUAGACUACACCUUGUUUGAUCACAGAUCAGUGGCGGAGAGCGGGUCGCAGCUGAUGCGCCCGUAUCUCCACGAGUUCUUGACGCGCGCUUACAAGUAUUACGACAUAGUCAUCUGGUCGGCGACCAGCAUGAGGUGGAUCAACGAGAAGAUGAAGCUCCUGGGAGUUUCGAAUCAUCCGAACUAUAAAAUAGCCUUUCACCUGGACGUACUCGCCAUGAUCACCGUUCACACGCCGAAAUACGGCGUCGUCGGGGUGAAGCCGCUGGGCAUUAUUUGGGGAAAGUACAAGCAGUUCUCCGCGAAGAACACGAUAAUGUUCGACGACAUUAGACGGAAUUUCAUCAUGAAUCCGCAGUCGGGAUUGAGAAUAAAACCCUUCAAGCACGCCCACACCAGCAGAGUCAAAGACUUCGAGCUGCUGAAGCUGUCGAGAUAUCUGGAGCUGAUAGCCGACGUCGAUGACUUUCAGACCCUCAACCACAGAAAGUGGGAGGAGUACAAGCCGAAGAAGGGCGAUCAGAGCAGUGAACAGACCAGCAGCAGUGAGAAAAGUUAAAUCUCAACGAAAUUUUCUUUUUUUCUUAUGACACUUUGAUCGACAGAGGGGAAGUAAUAUUGAUUGGACGUGGGAGGAAUCACACAGAGUGGCUUCAGGCUUGUAUAUGACGAAGUGAAUGCACGGGGAAGAUGCAUUUGUCAGCUAUUUUAAAGUCAUGACUGAAAAAACAAGGCUGUUCUCUACAUACGUUGGAUAAGAACGACAAGAUUAACUCGAGCGUCAGUUUCCUUAGCAUCGCGAGAAAAUUUAUAAUGCGUGAUAUUGAAUUUUUCUGAGAGCAUACGUAUUUUUCACACGUUUCUUAUUCUCUGUACUUGUGGUGUAUUUAUCGGUUGACCGUGUAUACGUAUAUAAGAACCAUUUAAAUAAAAUGCACGGAGUGGCCGACACGAGAGGUGCAAUGAUAUAUGUAUAUAUAUGUGUAUAUAUAUAUAUAUAUAUAUAUAUAUAUAUAAAAUAUAUAUAUAAAACGUAUUUCGAGUGAAUUCACGUGCAUCAUGAUUGAAAACAUUUCCUACGUGUUUCCUCUUUGUUGCAGAUGUCGGCAAACUUUAAAUCUCACACAACACGUCGAUUAUUUAUAUCUACGUGAUCGCAUUACGUGGGUUUUCAUGCGGCGUAUUUUUAGCCAUUAACAUGUAAUAUUCACUGAUUAUGCAAACCGCAAUAUCUAUCUUAUACAUUAAGUGCUAGGCGUUGGCGACUAUUUAGGGAAUUGAAACAAUUUUUAAACUGUUUAAAUAAAAAUGCUAUUUCCAUUUUUCAUACCGAUUUAAAAUAUUACGGAAAGAUGUAAGAUAUGAAAAGUUCAUGAUGAUUCAUAAUGAUUGUAAUAAAGCUAAUUUAUCCAAAAAAAA